CUUUGAAAUUAAAUAUUUAACUGUUUAUCUCCAAGAAUAUGAUGAAAUUUGCGAAAAUUAUUUGUGUAUAUUUGUACAUAUAAAAUAAAAAUAAUAAUUUUAAUUGUAGAGAUAGAUAUUCGGAAAUGUUUUACUUUUUCCGCCAUUAAUUUUUAAACAACGAAGUUAUAACUUUUUUGUGAGCAAAAUGUUAAAUGGAAAUUAGUUUAAGUCGUUUUAUUGAUUAACACCACAAGGACCAAAGCUUCCUAACUUAAAUUUACCGAAGAUGUCACUGGACGGUACUUCAGGGAAGUACCCAGGUAUUACUUCACCAAUAAGCCUGGAUGGUCCAAAGCCUGUAGAUCUGAAACUGUCGGCCAAACUAGAAGAGACAAUGAGGCCUUUUGGUGUAUUUGAAAGUGAUGAGGAGUUAGCUCACAGAAUGGAAGUGCUGAAUAAAGUAAACAUGCUUGUAAAGGAAUGGAUCAGAGAUGUCAGUAGAAGAAAGAACAAUAUUCCAGACAAUCGAAUAGAUUCCUUUGGUGGUAAAGUGUGUACAUUUGGAUCAUACAGACUUGGAGUACACAAAAAAGGUGCUGAUAUAGAUACAUUAUGUGUGGCUCCAAGACAUGUUGAUAGAUCAGAUUUCUUUUCAUCUUUUGUGGAACUUCUUAAAGAACAGCCAGAGGUGAAAGAUCUGAGGGCUGUUGAAGAAGCAUAUGUACCUGUUAUCAAGAUGACAUUUGAUGGUAUUGAGCUUGAUAUGUUGUUUUCUCGGUUAGCGCUGCCAACUAUACCAGAGGAUAUUGAUCUCAGAGAUGAAGCACUGUUAAAAAAUCUUGACCAAAAAUGUGUCAGAAGUCUUAAUGGUUGCAGAGUGACUGAUGAAAUAUUGCAUCUUGUACCAAAUGUUGAAAGCUUUAGAAUGACCCUGCGUGCCAUCAAAUUAUGGGCUAAAAGACGAGGAAUAUAUUCCAACUCAUUGGGGUUUCUUGGUGGUGUAUCAUGGGCAAUGUUGGUGGCACGUGUUUGCCAGUUAUAUCCAAAUGCUGAUCCAUCUACUCUUGUACAAAAAUUCUUUAUGGUUUAUUCAACAUGGCAUUGGCCACAGCCAGUUCUGUUAAAGGAGUUUCAGGCUGAGAACAAAUUAAAUCUAACAGUUUGGGAUCCAAGGAUAAACCCUUCAGAUCGGUUUCACCUCAUGCCAAUCAUUACACCAGCAUAUCCAUGUCAGAACUCCACAUUUAAUGUCACUAAAUCUACCAGACAAAUCAUGAUGGACGAAUUCAAAGAAGGGCUGGAUAUUACCACUGAAAUAUAUAAAGCUGGUGAAGAUGGAGAUUGGAGUAAAUUAUUUGAACCAUCAAAUUUCUUUCAAAAAUACAAACAUUACAUAGUAUUAACAUGCUCUGCAGAAGAGGAAAACAAUUACCUUGAAUGGCAAGGGUAUCUGGAAUCAAAGAUCCGACUUUUAGUUGGGAAUUUAGAAAGAAAUCUCUACAUUUCAUUAGCUCAUGUAACACCUGAUUCAUUUGGUCCAUUAGAUGAAACUGAUAGGCAAUAUAUGUGUCGAUGGUUUAUUGGUUUGUCUUUCGAGAAAGUGGAGAAUGCCAAUGUUGAUCUCACUUUUGACAUACAAAGUUUCACAAAUAUUGUAUAUAAACAGGCAAUACAUAUAAAAUUAUAUAAAGAAGAUAUGAGGGUGGAAAUCAAACAUGUUAGAAGAAAACAACUGGACCAAUUUGUACCUGCUGAUAUUCUGACAAGAGGUUGUAAAAGGUCCACAAAACGUUCGGAUGCUCGUCAGAGUGCGGGAAACUUGGCCAAGGUUGCGUCCCCAGAUACAAGGACAUUGUCUCAUAGUAAAUCUGAUACAGAAUUAUUACACACGGGAGAACGGGAGACUAACUGUGACCAGAACACUGACGUCAAACAGGAAGACUCUGGUGACAAACAGACUAAAACACAAAUCAAUGGGGAUACAGCUGAAGAAAAGGACCAAAGGAAGACACCAGAUCUGAUAGUGAUAGAAGAUGAGCCUGAGCAGAAAACACCUGUACACAAUAAUGUCCUCAAAAAACCUAUACAGGACACUGUUGGUUCACCAAUGCACGUAGACAGUGGUAUGAAUAGUCCAGUAUACAAGAAAAGAGAAGGAUCUCCACCAGGUUUAAACACACCAGUAAAACGCUCAAGAUCUACAGAUGAUUCUCAGGGAAGCUGUUCACCCAUGCAUACAGACCCUAGUCUGCACAGUCCAACAUUAAAGAAAGACAUAUCUAUUUCUAAAACUGUAGAAGAAUUCAAGGAACCAAUGCAAAUAGAAGAAAAAUCCAUACCUGUUAUAUUGUCAGGGGGUAAAGCUAUAGAAAAAGUGACAAGAGGGCGGCGGCUACCAAGCAAGGAGGUACCAGAUUUGUUGAGCCCACUCGCACAGAACUCUGCCACGACUCCACCCAAUGCAGCAACAGUACCAAAACACACAAUUAAAAUGGUCCUUAAAAGAUGACCAUAAUAUAUUACAUUCUUUUUCAUUUGUUUAUCAACUUACUUUCUUUGCAUUUUGACAUUUCAUUGUUAAAUUUGCAAUAACUUUUGUAAGUCAAAUAAUAUUCACUCAGCAUUGUCACCAUAUUGAUAUAAUGUUGAACAGAUACUAGUAUGUCUAAGGUUCAUUCUAUUGAGACACUUUUUAUAACCUUUGAUGAUAAUUAUUAGAAUAUUUUCCUGACAGUUUUUAUGAUGAUUUUACAUAGAUGUCAAACCUUAAUGAGAAGAAUAUUAGCUUGUAGUACCCAUGUACAUGGUCCUCAAAGGUCAAGGCAUAUGGUGAAAGUUAUCAAAAAAAGUGCAAACUUAUUUAUUUAAACAACAAUUUGUUUUCACAUCCUGACUUUAAGAAAACUAUUUUUUGCAAAAGUGACACAAUACAAUAGCUUUUGUUUUUUGGACAUUUUCUUUCUAAUUUAAGUUGAAACUUUGAGGUUUGUAAUAAACCCAUACUUUUCAAGGGCACAUGAUAGUCAUCUUAUGUCAUAUCAGCCCUUUAUUUGUACCUUUAGGUCAAAGUCAUUGUUAAAGGUCAGACAUCUUGACUGGGUUAUGAGUCAGUGUAGGUAGGUCACCUUAACUGAUAUAAGUUGAAUGACCUUGACUUUAAUGUCACAUGUCCGGGUUGCAAGUUGAAAGAAAGUGCUAAAAAAGACAUUGGUACCUUUAUUUAUUGUUUUCUGUCAAUAUUUUGGAAAUUUUGUAUAAAAGAAGUACAUGUAAUGUUAUUUGAGAGAAUAUAUUAUUUUUCUAUUUCUGAAUAAAAUCAACAGAAAUAAUGUUGUUUUUCUUGUUGUUAAACAACCUGUUAUAUUGUGUGUUAAGAAAUAGAAUUAUAUGUAUGCAUAGUUAAUUGUUGAUGUAAAUCAAGUUACCAAAUGAAGUAGUAAUUUUAGGGUAAUUUAGCCUCAUGAUGACCUGAUUUUAUAUACAAUUCAAAUAUGCAGUUCAAUAACCUUUUACCUACUACUGUAUAAUUGGAAAUUUUCGCUUGUUGAAAAGUUAGCGAAUUUAAAAUUCCAGACAUUUCACAUGAGGAAAUAUGAGCGAAUCAUGCAAGGGUAGAAUUUAAGACAUUAAAGAUUGGUUGAUAUUUACACUAAAGGAAAUUUUAGUGAUUUUCAUCAAUUCACGAAAUUUGCCAAUAUUUCUGCAUCGCUAACUUAACCACUUACAGUAUACAUGUAUAUCAUUAUCUUAAAUAUACUUGUCCAUCUUUCAAUCUGGACAAAACCAUUCACAUUUUGUAGGGAAAAUUUCAAAAUACAAACUGACUGAAUUUCAAACAGUGAAGAUCAUGAUCAGAUGGCACAGAUGAGCUGGCUGAUCUUGGUCUGCACUGGUCACAUAGGUAAAUUUAGUUGCUGCCAGUAGGGUGAAUGCUAAAAGAGGAUAGUCUCCAAGAUGAACUUUUACCGUAUUGUUUACCAUAAUCAGUGUAACAUGAAAUGAGGGUAGAAUUAAUUAUCACAAAAUAGUUGCUAAUUGUUUAUAGUGCUGUGGCUAUGGCUACAAAAUUUGUCUAAUUUUAAUUUUAACAUUUUUGAAACCUUGUUUAUUGUAAUACUGAUUGUUAAAUCAAUAUGGAUACAGAUUUUUGUGUAUUUCUUUUCCCUUUUUUCUUUUUCAAUAUUUUUUGUUAAAACAUUCAUUGUUAAGAAUCAGUGCACAAAAUUGUUUUUUCAAUCAAAGUUGUUUCUUUUCCUUAUUUGACUAAGUAGCCUGAUUAUUCCUUAUCGUUAGUUAUAUGCAUUGUGUUUAUGGUACCAUAUCUUGAUAAAAAUGUAAUGGGUAUUGAAAAAAAAUUGUGUAAAAUGCUAUAAAUAUAUGUCAAGGCCCAUUUUUUUUUAUGCUUAACAAAUUUUAACUGAAUUUUGUAUGAUUUUGUAUAUAAAACAAAUUGAUUUUUAUGUGAGACUCACAAUGGAUGAGGCUUCAUACCAAAACAAAAUUAAAUGUAAAACAUUUUGAUGUUUAUAGCCAAAUGUUGGUACAAAGUAAAACUGGACAUAAAGACAAGUUUUGACAGUUUAGUCAUGAUCCAUUUUUAUGCAGUUUCAUAUAUGUUAGAUUGUAAACAUAAAGUCAGAUUUAUCUAUAUCAUGUGCAAUUUGACCAUUGUGGCCUUGAACAUCUUUAAUCUUAACCCUCACUUAUACAAUGAACUUGUCCAGUGAAUUAGGAAUAGUCUAUUGUUAAUUUUUAGGGAUUUUCAUGUAAAAAGUGUCUGGUUCUUAAGCUGGUUGCCUAGGAUUACCAUUAAAGUUGUCUAGAAUUGCCAUUAUGGUUGUCUAGGAUUGCCAUUAUGGUUAACUAGAAUUGCCUGUAUGGUUGUCUGUGAGUGCCAUUAUGGUUAUCUGGGAUUGCCAUUAUGGUUGCCUGUAAUUUUAGGAUUGCCAUUAUGUUUGUCUAGGAUUGCCAUUAUGGUUGUCUAGGUUUGUCAUUAUGGUUAACUAGGAUUGCCAUUAUGGUUGUCUAGGAUUGCCAUUGUGGUUGACUAGGUUUGUCAUUAUGGUUAACUAGGAUUGCCAUUAUGGUUGUCUAGGUUUGUCAUUAUGGUUAACUAGGAUUGCCAUUAUGGUUGUCUAGGUUUGUCAUUAUGGUUAACUAGGAUUGCCAUUGUGGUUGUCUAGGUUUGUCAUUAUGGUUAACUAGGAUUGCCAUUAUGGUUGUCUAGGAUUGCCAUUGUGGUUGACUAGGAUUGCCAUUAUGGUUGUCUAGGACUGCCAUUACAAGAGUGCCAGUGGUUAAGUGGAUAUAUUCUGCACCCAGCUUUAAAAAUGAAUCAAAAUGAAAUAAAAGAGUAUUUCCAUGCUCCUGCAUGACCUUGACCCCUCAAUGACCUUGGAUGUCAAGGUCAGAUUUAUUUGGAAAGAAAAACAUUGUAGUGAAUAGGGGGCAUUUGUAAUUUAGGAAAACAUUUGUAUUUGUUCAUGGUAAGUGCAAAUUAAAUUUCAAGGGUUGACUGCAAAAGUGCUGUAACUUAUAUGACAUAAAGGACUUACAACAGUUUUGCGGACAACCCUCAAAAUGUACAUUUUAGAACUAUCAUUGUAAAUAUCUGCAGUCAUUUCCAUUAUGAUGUACAUACUCAUAAUUUACCUCAUAUAGCUGUAAAAUUUCUUUAUGUACAGUUUAUAUACCAUUUUUAUUAAUUCCUGAAAAAAAAAUCUUGUUUGUUAAAUCAUUACAAAUAAUAGGAGUUUCUGUUUCAUGGAAGUAUUAAUAUUUUAGUCAAUGGAAAAGGUUCAUUAAUGUAUUAUUUCUUGACAGUUUUCACAUGCUCCUGGGACUUGUUUAGUUGUUUGUAUAGCUGUAAAUUUGUUUUCAUCUUCCAUCCUUACUUUACAUCUCAUAGAACAGCUUAUAAGGUUUUGUUAAUGCAUCAUCAAUAAGUGGCCAUCAUUGUCCAUCAAUAUAUGCUGUUUGUUUGUAUAAUGCUAAAAUAUCAGGUCUAGUUAAAAUAAAUAUCUUUUAAAAGUUUGUCAAAGUUUCACAGAGUCACUAUAUCUAUGUUUGUAAAGCAGUCAAAUGACUAUUUCUUGUCAUGUUCAGACUUGGUCUUUCAAAAAUAUAGAACAUGAUAAUUACCUUAAUUACAAACUUGUGUGUAUUCUUAAUGAGGGGCCAUCUGCCCUGUCAGGCACUGAGAGUAUGGACCCCCAGUUGUAAACUUAAUUGGUAGAAUUUGCUGUAAAUCUAACGGUAUCAAGUUAAUGCAUACCUGCUUACACAUAUAUGUUGAACCUUUGGAUGCUGUUUCAGAUUGAAACUGUUCAUUAUAUACUUAACAAUGAAAUAUUGAUGAAAUAAAAUGCUUAUUUUCAUUUUUCAAUGCAGUGAAACAUAUUUUCCAUAUUUUCACUGGUGUCUUGCUGGACUACUUUCUUCUAAAUUCAGUCCAUAUACAUAAUUUAAGGGAAAUUCUUUCAAAUUGUUGUGUCAAAAAAAUGAAAAAUGUAUAUAAUAAACAGAAAAUUCAAGUUUUUUUUUCUAUAAAUACAGGAUUUAUUUUCAUCUUUUGGUAUGAAAAUUAUCAUAUUUGACUCCUGGCUACCACCACUCAUGAAAUAUUUAUUUUCAUACCACUCAAUGAAAAUAAGUCCUGUAUUUAUAGAAAAAAAUUGAAUAUCCUCUAUAUAUUAUUCUUACAUUUUAUGCUCAUACUGUUAAAUACUGGGUUUUACCAGUGAGAUAUUUUUUCUGUAUUUUUCACUGUAUAAAACUCAUUAUGAAAAAUCAUAUCAGCAUAGAGUGUAAGAAAAUCUGUCUGUUAAUUCAUAGAUAUGGAAAUAUGAGAUUUAUCUCAUUUCAAAAGUGAAAUUCUUUCAUAUUUCACCCUUGCUACUUUUUCAUGAGGAUGUGUUAGAAAAAAAAAUCUUUUUUAAUGAGAUAUGAUCAUUGAAAAGAAUUAAAUAUCUUGCAAUUACUUACUUGCAAACACCAAAUGCCUUUAUGUGUUGAAUUUAUACAUUAAGUAACAUUCAUUAAUGCCACUAAAAAAAAAUUUUUUUUUUUUAAAAUCCAUUUUAACCAUACUUAAAAAAAAAAAUUGUUGAUGUAAAUAAUGUGUACGUGUAAAUAUUUUAUGUACAGAGGAAGUUCAGGAAUAUCAUAGAUAAAACAUGAUUGUAAAUAUGACAUCAUUUUUUCUGGUAUAGAUUACCGUAUCAUUUAUUGUUUCGUAUUUAAUCACAUUCUGAGUGUGGUCAUAAGCAUUACAACAUUUAUCAUUUGAGUUAUCUAUGGUGGGGAAUAAAGGCAAAAGGUCUGAAACAAACUUAAUAUUGGAGUUAUCUAUGAUGGGGAAUAAAGGCAAAAGGUCUGAAACAAACUAAAUAUUUGUGUUAUCUAUGGUGGGGAAUAAAGGCAAAAGGUCUGAAACAAACUUAAUAUUUGAGUUAUCUAUGGUGGGGAAUAAAGGCAAAAGGUCUGAAACAAACUAAAUAUUUGUGUUAUCUAUGGUGGGGAAAAAGGCAAAAGGUCUGAAACAUUUAAUAUUUGAGUAAUCUAUGGUGGGGAAUAAGGACAUAAUGUCUGAAACAAACUAAAUAUAUUUGUGUUAUCUAUGGUGGGGAAUAAAGGCAAAAGGUCUGAAGUAAACUUAAUAUUUGUGUUAUCUAUGGUGGGGAAUAAGGGCAAAAGGUUUGAAAUAAACUUGAUAUUUGUGUUAUCUAUGGUGGGCAAUAAAAGCAAAAUGUCUGAAAUAAACUUAAUAUUUGAAUUAUCUCUGGUGGGGAAUAAAGGCAAAAGGUCUGAAACAAUCUUAAUAUUUGAAUUAUCUAUGGUCGGGAAUAAAGACAAAAGGUCUGAAGCAUUACAAAUAGCAGUCAAAUGGUGUGAUAAUAAGAUGAUGGGAUCCUUAUAAUGGGCAUUGGUAAUCAACAACAUGACAAAUGUUAACUUUGUUGUUCCUUCCAUUUUUUUUAAUCACUUUAUGGAAAACUGAAAUUUGUUACCACAGAAUUGCAAUGUGUAUUUUUAUGCCCCCACAAAGUGGGAGCAUAUAGCAUUGCACUUGUCCGUCCGUCCGUCUGUACGUCCCGAAAUCUUGUGAAGGCAACUCCUCUUAAACCGGAUGGCAGAUUUUGCUUAAACUUCCAGGGAUGAACAACCUUAAUGUGUAGAUGGUAGUAAAGGAAGGAAUUUUCGCUGUGACCAAAUUUAACAGAAUUAUGGCCCUUUGUUGAUUUUUUCUCUAUAUGCCAUAUAGAAAUUUUGUGAACGCAACUCCUCUUAAACCGGAUGGCAGAUUUUGAUUAAACUUCCAGGGAUGAACAACCUUAUUGUGUAGAUGGUAGUAAAGGAAGGAAUUUUCGCUGCGACCAAAUUUAACAGAAUUAUGGCCCUUUGUUGAUUUUUUCACUAUUUACCAUAUAGAAAUUUUGUGAACGCAACUCCUCUUAAACUGGUUGGCAGAUUUUGCUUAAACUUCCACGGAUGAACAACCUUAAUGUGUAGAUGGUAGUUAAGGAAGGAAUUUUUUGCUGCGACCAAAUUUAACAGAAUUAUGGCCCUUUGUUGAUUUUUUCACUAUAUACCAUAUAUAUGUUGUCAGUGGGGGCAUCCGUGUCCUUUGGACACAGUUCUAGUUUAGAAUGAAUAUAUUGUUGUUGAUGUAUUUUGAAUGAUUUUUCAUUUCCAGAUAAAAAAAAUUAUGGACAGAAAUAAAGAAAAAAAUAAGAAAAUUAUUUAUGGUUUAUGUUGGUCAGAUUUAGAAAUUGUCAACAUUUUGAUUUUGAUUGGUCAAUUGUAUAUAUUUUGUUGAAGAUACAAAGAAGUUUAUUUUAUUUGAAUGUAUUGUACUUUAUUUGGUUUAUUCUUUUUUUCUUUUGUGUAAAUUUCGAUUGCUGAUGUUUCUUGAAAGAUUAGCAUUAAGAACUUGUAGGUUGUAUUGUUUUUAACUUUUCUUAAAUUUUUUACACUUGAGGGAAUGUGGUCAUUAAGAUUUGUUCUUACCAGAUCUUGUAUAUAUGUCUGAAUUUAAAUCUCAAAUAUUUUUGGCAUGCACUGCACUAAAUAAAAAAAAAUACUAAUUAUUUAUGGAGAUGUAUUGUGCACAUGCUUUUUGGUACUAAUCCUGGAGUUGUAGCCCUUGAAUUAGAUUCAAGGCAUUUUAUUCACUGCCCUACUAUGUCAUUAACAGAACAUUAUCAAAAGUUACAUAAUGUUUAUUGUUAUGAGAUGCUGUACAUAAAAAAUGGGUUUUAGAUUUUUUAAAUGGACAAGUUUUUGGCCCUUGACUUAGUCAAAAUGGUGGAAAUCUAUAUUUUGUUCCCUCAGUAAAUGACAAAAACUAAUAAUGAAACAUUAGUUGGAGAAGUUGGUGAUUUUAGUUUCUAUACCAGACCAAAAACAUCAAAGUUAUAGCCCUUGAUGUAGUCAAAACUGAACAAAUGGCAAAAUAUGCCAAAUAUUGCACAUGUUAUUUUGUUCAAAAGAUAAAAAGGAUGGGAGCUUACAAAAUAUUUUUUUAUGUAAGAAUCAAAACAGAUUGUUAACAGGUAUAAUACAAACAUACCAAAGUUAUACCCCUUUUGUACCAUCCAGUUUGUGUUCCAAUUAUAUGGGAUUGUUUACUAGAGUUACAGCCCUUUGAUUUAGUUAAAGCACAUUUUCACCGGCAUUCAGAUCUGGCAUUUAUUGUUUUAAGAUUUGAUAACACAUUGUAAUUUGUGAGCACUACAUCUCUUAAAAACUGCCUUUCAAAUGAAGACCAUGUAUUUUGUUUAGACUUAAAUCCGUUGUUUGCUAUUGGGGGGGGGGGAGAAAUAUACUAUUGCAGUUUUUAUAUAUUUGAAUUAUAAAAAGCAUUAAAGUACUAAUAAUAUUUUUUAUGUUUAAAAUGAGCAUAAUAUUAGAGUUAUUGCUCCCUAAUUUUUUGUGAUUUAUUUAAAAGGAUAUAAUUUGUUCUGAUAAUUUAAUGUUUUUAUCCUAAUUUGUGCUAGUUAUAGAAGUUAUGGCCCAAAACACAAUUUUGUAUAUACAUGUAUAUAAAUGAUAACACUGAAAGUAUUUCUUCUUUUUUUAGUGUGGCAAAUUAAUCUUUCCUUUUGUUAGUUAUUGAAUACAAUGGCAGUUUUUAUUAUAAUUAUGUACUUGACAGAUGUUUGUUUUUGCUCUGUAGUUGAAAAACUUUUAUACCAAUAACAUUGAUAAAGUCUCAAACAAAACAGUUUAUCUAAUUAAAUUGCAUCACUGCUUUACUGUAAUUGAUUAACGUCCGUGAAAAGAGAAGUUUUUGCUAAAAGUGCUUACAUUAACAGAACUUAUUUCAUUAUUGUUCAGAAAUAUGGGGCUUUGUUUUGACAGUUUACGGUAACAGUACUCUAAUAAUGCUCCUCUUAAAAAAUGGAUACCUCGUAAAUUGGUUGAUGAAGCAGUAGGUCAUAUGUUUCUUGAGCCCAUGUUUCUAUGUACUGAAAUAAUUUUAUAUUGCUUUAUCUUUUUUCAAAGUGGAUUUUUGUAAACAAAUAUUUUUUUUUUGCCUUUCAAUAUAAUAGGACAUGUAAUUAGAUGAUCAGAAAGAAUAAAAGUGUACAUAGAGGACAGUAUGUUGUGUGGAAGUUUUUGAUCAUAAUUUUGUAAGAUGUUGUUCUUAUGUUUGUAAUAUACUGAAAAUGUUAUUAUAUUUUAAACUAAAUAAAAUGUGAAACUUGA